CUUUUCGACAGAGCACUUCCGGAUCUCUCUUCUGGCUUUGUGCAACUGCCGAGUUCCACGCUGCCGCUAACACAUCUUGGUUACAGAGGUUGCAAAAACAACAUUAAAAAUGGCUAUGCAUGUACCGAAAGCACCGGGCUUCGCCCAAAUGUUGAAGGAUGGCGCAAAGCACUACUCUGGUCUGGAAGAAGCAGUGUUCAGGAACAUUCAGGCCUGUAAGGAACUGGCUCAGACUACACGCACUGCUUAUGGACCCAACGGCAUGAACAAGAUGGUGAUCAACCACCUGGAGAAGCUGUUUGUGACCAACGACGCUGCUACCAUCCUCCGAGAGCUGGAGGUGCAGCACCCAGCAGCCAAGAUGGUCGUGAUGGCGUCCCACAUGCAGGAGCAGGAGGUGGGGGACGGGACCAACUUUGUCCUGGUGUUCGCCGGAGCACUGCUGGAGCUGGCUGAGGAGCUGCUGCGCAUGGGCCUUUCUGUGUCAGAGGUGAUUGAGGGCUAUGAGCUGGCGAUGAAGAAGAGUCUGGAGCUCCUCCCAGAGUGCGUGUGCGCUUCGGCCAAGAACCUUCACGAUGUAGAGGAGGCGACCGCUAUGAUCCGCCCGGCCGUCAUGUCUAAACAGUAUGGCAACGAAGACUUCCUGGCCAACCUCAUCGCUCAGGCCUGCGUGUCCAUCUUCCCCGAGUCUGGUAACUUCAGUGUGGACAACGUCAGAGUUUGCAAGAUCCUGGGCUGUGGCCUGACUUCGUCCUCGGUGCUCCAUGGGAUGGUGUUCAAGAAGGAGACGGAGGGAGACGUCACGUCAAUUAAAGACUCCAAGAUCGCAGUCUUCUCCUGCCCCUUCGACUGCAUGGUCACAGAAACCAAGGGUACAGUGUUGAUAAACAAUGCGGAGGAGCUCCUUAACUUCAGUAAGGGAGAGGAGGAUAUGAUGGAAGCCCAAGUCAAGUCCAUCGCUGAGGCAGGCGCCAACGUAGUGGUGACCGGUGGCAAAGUGGCGGAUAUGGCGCUGCACUACGCCAACAAGUACCAGCUCAUGGUCGUCAGGCUGAACUCUAAAUGGGAUCUGAGGAGACUGUGUAAGACGGUCGGCGCUGUGGCCCUGCCUAGACUGACCCCUCCCACUCCAGAGGAAAUGGGUCACUGUGACAGUGUCUACCUGGACGAGGUCGGAGACACUCAGGUGGUGGUCUUCAAACACGAGAAAGAGGAUGGUGCCAUCUCAUUGUCGUUCUCUUUCCACCUCUCUUCCUCCUCAGAGAAAGAGGAUGGUGCCAUCUCCACCCUGGUGAUUAGAGGAUCCACUGACAACCGGAUGGAUGAUAUCGAGCGAGCCAUCGACGACGGGGUCAACACCUUCAAGGUUCUGGUCCGAGACAAGAGGCUGGUGCCAGGUGCCGGAGCUACAGAGAUUGAACUGGCUAGACAGAUCACUUCAUACGGAGAGUCGUGUCCUGGUCUGGAGCAGUAUGCCAUUAAGAAGUUUGCUGAGGCGUUUGAGGCGGUGCCCAGAGCGUUGGCAGAGAACUCUGGCAUCAAGGGAAACGAGCUCAUCUCCAAACUGUACGCCGUGCAUCAUGAGGGCAACAAGAACAUGGGCUUUGACAUCGAGGGAGAGGGUGCUGCUCUGAAGGACAUGCUGGAAGCUGGGAUCCUGGAGCCUUUCCUGGUCAAACACUGGGGCAUCAAACUAGCUACCAACGCUGCCAUCACUGUGCUCCGAGUAGACCAGAUCAUCAUGGCCAAACCGGCAGGUGGACCCAAAGCCCCCACAGGCAAGAAAGACUGGGAUGAAGAUGACUGAACAUGACCUCUAACCUUUGACCACCUAACCCCUGCCACUAUGCCCCCCUCACCCCCCCCUCCCCUCCCCAACCUGGUUUUUCUAUGUUUUAUUUAAAGUCCAAAGCGUUUGGCGUAUUGUGUAGGCACCAUCCUGCAUGGUUACUGUAUGAUGGAAGGAGAGAUGACAUGGAUGGAUUGAUGAGGUCACUGUAUUGCUUUUUAUGUUCUCCUCUCAAAUAAAAGGCACUUCAUUCCUGUCA